CCAGUUCUCAACACUAAUUAGUGCCGGUGUAUAGCAAGUGAGGAAAAGUGUGCGUGCUCCGCGAAAACUAUAAUAUAUCAACAAUAUCAAGCACCGUUAAGUAGAUGCAACGUAAGGGAGUGCGUACUCAGGCUAUUCCAUGUGACUGGGCGCAAAUCAAGUUUGCUGCACACACCAAAAUACUUACCUCAAUAUUGCAGAAAUCGAAUAAUCUCAUCAUUUAUGGCUGGUUUUUGAUUUGGAAGGCAUUUCUAUCCAAAUUUCGUCUGGUGCGUGAACUGUUGGGACAAGAGGAGCUGGAGGAACCGCAGCUGGUUGGUGGAGAGCAAAAUCAAAACGUUCGAGCACGUAAAGCGCGACGUGACUAAGCACACAUACACACA